UCUGGGUGGCAUUAGCAUCGUUAGCAGCAGCGCUGAGGGAGCAGGCGAAAGCUCCAUGCAGUUCAGCACCAGACCGCCUAGUGCUGAGCAGCCGGGCUUCAUGGGGACAUGGCAGCAGCAGAGCACUGACAGCAACCUCCUCUACAGAAUGUCCCAGCAGGCCAUUCGCUGCACACUGGUGAACUGCACAUGUGAGUGUUUCCAGCCAGGGAAGAUUCACCUACGGACAUGUGACCAGUGCAAACAUGGCUGGGUAGCCCACGCUCUGGAUAAGCUCAGCACCCAGCACAUGUACCACCCGACCCAGGUGGAGAUCGUUCAGUCCAACGUGGUGUUCGACAUCAGCAGCCUGAUGCUGUACGGCACCCAAGCCGUACCCGUCAGGCUCAAGAUCCUUCUCGAUCGCCUCUUCUCCGUGCUGAAGCAGGAGGAGGUGCUACACAUCCUGCACGGCCUGGGCUGGACCCUCCGAGACUACGUCAGGGGCUACAUACUGCAGGAUACUGCAGGCAAGGUGCUGGACCGCUGGUCCAUCAUGUCCCGAGAAGAGGAGAUAAUCACCCUACAGCAGUUUCUGCGCUUUGGUGAGACCAAGUCCAUUGUAGAACUGAUGGCCAUUCAGGAGAAGGAAGGUCAGGCAGUUACAGUUCCCUCCUCUAAAACAGACUCCGGGAUAAGAACAUUUAUUGAAGGCAACAACAGGUCCCGAAGCCCAGGGAUCCUGACCCAUAUGGAAAACAACAGUAGCCCAUCCAGCAUUCAUCAUUUUGAGAAUAUCCCCAACAGUUUAGCUUUCCUCCUGCCCUUCCAAUACAUCAACCCAGUCUCUGCCCCCAUGCUCGGCUUGCCCCCCAAUAGCCUGCCAAUGGAGCGGUCUGCUCUCCGGCUCCAGGAGCCCAGCCUGCCAAACCAAGGUGAACAGGUGGACACCAGUGAAUCAGAAGUGUCCCUGUCACCCUUCCGUCAGAGCCCUAGUCGUGGAGCCAUGGGAGACAUGAACAACAUUGAACCCAAAACAGAGCCCAACCACAGGGCAUCACCCAUCUCACCAACCCCCAUCUCCCAUUCUUCCUUUUCCUCCAAGAUGCAUCGCAUGCGCCGCAUGGGAUCCACCUCACGCAAGGGUCGUGUGUGCUGCAAUUCGUGUGGCAAAACCUUUUAUGAUAAAGGUACCCUUAAGAUACAUUAUAACGCUGUACACUUGAAGAUCAAACACCGUUGCACCAUUGACGGGUGCAAUAUGGUCUUCAGCUCACUACGCAGCCGCAACCGCCACAGUGCUAAUCCCAAUCCACGGUUGCACAUGCCCAUGCUGCGCAAUAACCGCGACAAGGACCUCAUCCGCUCUACCAGUGGUACACCCGUCAUCUCAAGCACCAAGAAUGGUAGCUUUAGCCUCACUAGCCCUGGAAGGCCACCACUGGGCUUCACAACCCCACCGGUGGACCCUAUGCUUCAGUCACCCCUGCACAGCCCACUGGUGUUCCCCUCCCUGAAGUCAGUGCAUCCUGUCCAGCCAGUGCCCCCGUUCUACCGCACACUACUGUCCCCAGCGGACCUCGUCAGUCCGCCAGUGUCACUGCCCACCAGCCCCAUCCUGCCCACAACCACCAACACUUCACACAAUAAUGUUCAUAUGUCAGAGGUGGGAUCCAUAUCCCAUCGCUUGCAUACCCAUAAUGCCAAUCACGACCUCAACACUGCCGGCUGUGAACCCACGCCCAAAAAGAAACCUCGCAAAUCAAGCAUGCCAGUGAAGAUUGAGAAAGAAGUGAUUGAUGUGGCAGAUGAGUACGAUGACAAAGAUGAUGAUGACGAUGACAUCCGCCAUAAUCACCACCAUCACUCAACGCUUCUACACAACAAUCAAUCCCCUUCGCAGGAUGAGAUGAGCCCCGGCCUAGCUCUGAGAGGAAUGAUGAGACAGAGUGAAGAUGAAUGCAGGGAAGGGACUGGUAGUGAAAGCAGGGGUGGACAUGAUCAUCAAGACUCUGGCGAGCUUCGUUGUAUGGGCAGCUUCACCUCUGAGGACCAGGAUCAUGAAAGAGACUUUGAGAACGAAUCCGAGACUUCUGAUUCCAACAUGUUCUACCGCGAUGAGCUGAUAGAUGUGGACGAACAGCAAAAACACAGUCGGGGGGGAAGGUGUAUGGACAAGGAUCAAGACGAUGAGGGUUGUGAGGAAGCCCAAUUGAGAAAGGAAAUGGAAAGCAAGAGUCAUUCCUCACCUUCCCCUCAUCAGCCCCCUAUCAGGGUCAAGGAAGAACUCAACGAUCCUACUUACGACAUGUUCUGCAUGGGCCAGUAUGGCCUCUAUAAUGGAGGAAUGGCGGCGGCUGCUGCUGCUGCAAGCAUGGCUGCUCUACAUGAGAGCUUCAUCUCUUCAAUGGGAUAUGGUGCCAGCCCACCCAAAUUCCCUUCUUCUCAAUCACCCGAGGGAGACCCGUGCUCAAGUCCUGACCCCAAGAUCUGCUAUGUGUGCAAGAAGAGCUUCAAGAGUUCCUAUAGCAUGAAACUGCACUUCAAGAAUGUGCACCUCAAAGAGAUGCAUGUGUGCACUGUGGCUGGCUGCAACGCUGCCUUCCCUUCCCGGCGGAGCCGAGACAGGCACAGCUCCAACAUCAACCUGCACCGCAAACUGCUGACCAAAGAGCUGGACGACAUUGUCCUGGACCCCCAACUCCCGCCACUGCCCAAGGACCUGCGAGCUGAGUUACUGGCCAAGAUCUAUGCCGGCCACCACAUGGGCUUGGACCCAUAUGCCGGGCUUAAAAACCACCACACCAACGGCUUCUCCCGGGGCCAGCCAGACGACUACAUGGUGUUGGACCUGAGCACCACAUCCAGUGUUCAAUCCAGCAGCAGUGUCCACUCCUCACAUGAGUCAGACGAGGGCUGCGACGAAGGCAUCCUAUUGGAUGACUUGGAGGAGGAGGAGGAGGAGGGAGAAGAGGAUGAGGAGGGAAACAGUGAGGGGGAGGACUGCUCCCAGCAUGCCGAGGGGCAGGCUGAAAGAAGGCAUCGGGAUGAGACUGGAGAACUAAGAGGUGAAGGACAUGGUGAGGGGUUGGAACCCUCCCCUUCAUCAUUCCUCUUUUCGUCCACCGGGGGCAGUAACAGUGGUAGCAGUGGGAUCCUCUGCAACAUCUGCCAUAAAAUGUACAGCAACAAAGGAACCCUGCGUGUGCACUACAAGACUGUGCACCUGCGCGAGAUGCACAAGUGCAAAAGCCCCGGUUGUAACAUGGCGUUCAGCUCUGUGCGCAGCCGUAACCGACACUCUCAGAACCCCAACCUCCAUAGAAACAUGCCCUUCUCUACAAUGAUAGACUAAAUAAUGACUUGCUACUCGACCCUGCUGUCAGUCGGCCCACUCCUCCCUUCAUUCCUCAUCCUUAUUCCUCCUCAAAUUAGCUUUUAUUCCCAGCCCAGGGCCAUCAAAUGCAAGCUAAAUGCCUGUAUGCCUCCUGCCCGUCCUCUGUAAGUCAUUGCAAGACAUUUCUAUGUCCCUCUAUAAAAUUCAUGGACUCUAAAUACAGUUUAUUAUUGUGACCUUUGACUUUUCCUUCUUUGGAGGAACACGAAGACGCUCUUGCGCAUGGAGUUUGCUUUAUAACAAAACUCCAGUCUUUUUCUUUUUUUUCAUAAGCUCCUCCAUCUUUGCUUUCAGACUUCUCCCCCCUGUGUUUUUAUGUCAAUCUCCAAAGAAUCUAUUCAAACUCUUAUUUGUGAAUUUGCCUGCAGAAAUGAUAGUAUUGGAAAAAAAGAAAAAAAAGAAAAAUCUUCUUGUUGUAUUUGUGUAAUGAUAGCUUUUAAAUGAACCCGUUACAAAAGCAUGACAGCUUCAUUUGUAAAUAAUGUCCCAAGAGGUUUUUGGUGUAAAAGAGUUGUGUUGAUGGUUGUUUGCUUCUUUUUUCUCUCUCGUUAUGGUUUUAUGUUACAGUCCAGUACAAUACUUCCAGCUAUAGGCAAGAAAGAGGUAGCAUCUUACUAGCUUGACUCAUUUAUGUUAGCUCCAAAGACACGUUUUAAACUGAGUCCUAGGAAGAAAAAGAAUAUCAUGUGACUUGUUUUAUCUACUCGUUAGAUAUUCAGAGGUUGCCGGCAUGCUCUUUUAGGCUCCCUACACUGAUAUCAUUCUCUGUAUUUCUAUUUUUUUGUUCCUCUUUUUUUUCUGUCUGUUAUGUUUAUGAGCUUUAGUAUACAAAUUCAGUUUUUGCACUUUGCAUCUAUACAAGGGGAUGUGUAAUAUUAUUAUAAUGAGGACUUUUGCAAUGGUGAGGCGUUGUUCGGGGUCAUCGAUGGCGACAGUGCCAAGGUAGAUAAUAAUACCUUCAACAUACUUGUGCCAGUUUGUUUUUGCACGUGCUCAGUUUCAAACACAGUUUCACAACAGAGAACGUCUUGCCUCCCUGAACAAAACCCGAGAUCUGCCCACGUCGCUAAACAACGUGUUCGAAGAGCGUCUCCGAAGUCUCUUGCCUCAAAAGGAAUCCAAGUGUGACUGAACAUAAACUGCUUUUUCACAAACACAAAAGGAGUUAAGUAUUGAUAAAGUCUCUCUUCCUCUUUUUGUUUCAUUUGUGUACAGCUGCCAGUUAUGAUCCCGAUAAUUACUUCAGGAAAUUUAGCGGGGAAAUCUGUGUAAAGCAUGACAUUAUUGUGACACGAUGCAAGAACUCCUGUUUGUUAGCACAGAAGGCAUAUUAAUGACAAAUAUGACUGUCCCAUAGAUUUGACAACAACAAUGAGAUAAAAGAGAAAAAAGAUGAAAAUAGUCAUUUAACUGUGACCAAAACAAAUACGUUUGCUCAAGAAGAGCUCUUUCAGUGUGACACCAUGUACUUAGAUCAUGCCCCAUUGGAUUAAUAUGAUACACUUGAGUCUUAAAUCUUUUGCUGUAAUAUUUCCGGUAUCAGUUGCCAUUGCUGAGUGUCAGCUACAAAUGUACUCUUUGAAAAAUGUUGCCAUUUUCCUGGCUGUUUGCAGACAUUUUGAACAUGUCCAUGACUGUCUUACGGUACAAAUAUUUCCAGUAACUGGGCAAAGUAUUCAAGGGAAGGGGUAUUUAUUGGUGGGUGAUGUAUCUUCAUGGAGAUGUUGUUGUCCAGUAUAAGAAUAUUUUUUGUAAAAAGACAAAAAAUAGAGAUUGUUCCUCAGUUUGACUUGUUUAUCAAUGUAUUAGCAAUGCGUUGUGUUACUAUACAAGCAGAUCUUCUCUUACUUGACUGGUGCUACACAGAGGGGGAACAUAUGCAGUCUUAUGUGGUGUGCUGUACAGUAUUCACAACACCUUACAUCCAUAACAGUGUUGAGUUCCAUUUAUAUCAUUCUUAAGCAAUUUUUCAAUAUAGACAUGACCUAUUCUAGUGAAAUAUUUCAUUUCUGUAUUUUUUUUUAAGACUCCACCUUUAUGACACAUGCAGGUUUCAGUCCUCUCUUCUCCGAGAUAAAGAGAGCGAGACAGAGAGCUGAGGCUGAUGGAAAGGUUGCGGAGGUGGAAGGCUGACUAGGGAGGAAAGGAUGACAGCAGCGAUCAUUAAAAAUGUGCUGCUUCUCCGUUACCUGGAGGCGAGCGUCCCUGCCAUUCCAGCUUCUUCUGUCUAAUAACUCACUUGUCACUUCGUUACACUGCCAGGCUCCGAGGUUGCUGACAAGACUGUGACACUGACAGAAAGAGAAAAAGAAGGGAAGAUAUUGUGUGUGCUCUGAACAAUUCAAUUUGACCCAUUUGUUUGAGUUGAAUCCAAUUCAUCUAUUCCUUUUCUAUGUGUGCUUAUUCUUAUUCAGGGUCACUGAUAAUUUAAUUCCAUCCUUUUCUCUCGUUCCGUUUUUCUCUUUGUCUGUCAGAGCGCAGUCAUUUAACAACCGCCUUACCCAUUUCUUCAACCCGCCACUCACUUACCACCUCCACACCCCACAGCGCAGGUCCUACAGGGACACACACUGUAUGCUUAAGUUCACCGGACGGCCAUGGCAUAGGAAAAAAGGGAUGGGUAAUUGCCUGUUUAUCCCAAGUGAAUUGAAAAUUGAGUACAGGAACCCCUACCUUCUCCCAGGAGUGGGUUUCACUGAGGCGCUUGCUGCCUCAUUCAUUCAUUCAAUCCCACCGGCCCUCGCUAUGGCAGGAAAAAAAAGUGCUACUCCAGGAACCCUGCUGACAGCUGUCUCUCUAACACACAACCAUACAAACACACACACACAUGCACACAGAGAGUGGCACACACUCACACACACUUCCUACUUACGGGCAAGAAAGAUGACAAGAACAAGAUGACUUGUUAACCUCUAGUGGUGGAGGAGAUGGGGGCAGAGGAAUAUUCUCACCACAGGAAAUGAAACUCUUGCAUCAACAUUAUAGCUGCCGCUGCCACUACAUAGAAAGUUGAUAUUAUAUUAUGGAGAAUGAUGUGAGCUAGCACUGAGUCAGGAAUGGAAAGUCCAAAGCUUUUAUUAUUAUUAUUUAAAUUGAAACAUCCAGACGAUAAUUAUUGGAGACGUUUUACCGAACAAAGACAUUGUUUAAUGAAGGAAAUCUAAUUUUAAAAAGCCUUCAAGAUUUUUGUUUUGGACCUCGUAGAAUUAAAGGAGCUGUGCGUACCCAACAUAUCUAAUAUUAUCUUAAUGUAAGUGUGCUCUGCCCGAAUAACCUCAGCUUCUAUGCCCUUCUUGAUUUGAGAAAAGUUUUCCAGACUCUACCACUCUCUUUAUGUUCUGUUCCUCGCUGUCCAUUUCUCAAGCAGCAGCUGCAGUGCAUGACCUCUGUCUGUGUACUCGUGUGUGCCAGGCUGAAAACUGAAUAUCAUAGAAGAGAUUACAGCACCCUUCUCCCGCCUCCUACGGACUCCUUAUGAGUCCUGCAUGGUGUUGGUGAUGCCAGCGGAUCUCAAGAGCUGCAAAAGGCUGAAAACAGAUGAGAACACAUGCAAACCUCUGGGAGACAGGGAGACUGACGGCAAGAGAGAGAGAGAGAAGGGAGAGACUGUGGAAAGGGAUUGGGCUUAGAAAGUGGUCUGGCUGAAGCCUUGCGGCAGUCACUUAACAAGGCAGGGGAGAAAGAGAGGUACAUAGGGAGAGGAGAGAGCAGCAGGGCCAGGACUCCCCAGGAGUCAUCGCCAGCUUUUUCUAGAUUGCCUGCUGGAGAGCGAUCGAGCAACCCCUCACAUUUUCACCCCUCUCCCUCACGCUCUCCUCUCCUUUGAGAAAUGACCACCAAUUUCCCCCCCUUCUCCUCCGAGUAAGCCCACAAUCCAAUCGUUGCCUUGCUCACUUCUCCAAGCUCAUGGGCCCAAGUGACCGGGCUGUGGAUGCUGCAAGAACACGUCACUCAGAGCGCCUCAUUGGCCGAGACGACUGGAGGGAAUCUUUAAUAUUUGAUUAGAGCGUCAGGCAUCAAUUAUUCUGUAAUUCUACAUAGCGGAGGGAGGAGUGGAUGGCCAACGGCUGAAGCGGCUGACCUGUUAAUCACAGUUCGUUUUUGUUCACCUCACGGAUGGCGUGAGUACAAUAGGUGUAAGCAGAGAGGAUGAGGGGUGACAUCGCACGCAAACUGUCCGGUUUAUGUAGCUCAUGGAACCAAGCGGAAUUCGAAUGUUUGAUGGGACAUCAUAAGAAAUAUGCAGAUAGAGGAACAAUACACAUUUGUAUAGAUGCUUCAGUCUGAUGUGAAAUGUUCUAAAGAAUAUACCCUCAUUAAUUUGAACUGGAACCUGUGAAAUGUCGAGAAUUAAUUCAUUUAUUGUUUUCCAUUGUGCCAACUAUAUUUUACAGACUUAAAGUAUAAAUAAGCUUUAAGACCUAGUGAAUUUAGAUUUAUGUUUUCACUUGUGUUUUUGUGUAUACGAUGCGUUUGCGUCUUAAACAGCCUGUGUUAUGGCACGGGCAUCUACAGCAUUGCAUUACUACAUCGUCGCACAGCAAAGAACAAACAGAGCAGAGGAGUUUGUGUCAAAAUGGUGAUUUGGAAGCCUCAUGAAUACUGUAUGUACCUAAACAGGUGUUUCCCAUUUGCAGACAGGAGGGAAAAAAUGUUCCUCUUUUUAAAAGACUUGUUUCUUUCUUUUCUUUCUUUUUUUGCCUUUCUUGUAUUUGUUUCUGUAUUAUAACUGUCUAUCGUUUUUGCAUAAAAUGCAUAAGGGUUUUGGGAUGUAAAUGGAAUUUUAUUCAUAUUUUGUCCAAAUACCUCUUGUAAUUUGUAUCAGAAUUCUUGUACAAUUUUUAUAUUAAAGAUUUAUCAGUCA